UUGUUAAGGAUUUAUGUAACUUCAGCGAUAUUAAACUACUUUGUAAGAUUAGCUAAAUACAAUCUAUUACAACAUGAUAAACACUUGUAAGAUAUAAACAUAAAAAACGCAUACAGUAAAAAUUGUUAUAUAAGUUGUUAAGGCGUAUCUUUAGGCGUGUCAGUAAUGAGAUAGCAGUUUCUCAACGGCUAUCAUUAGCGCAACAUCGUAACAACACCAAUAGCAGUAAUAUUUGAUUGAAUGUCGAACUUGCAAGUAUCAAGUGCAGUUCCACAAAGUAAUAUGUUAUUAGUGUGCAAGAACUGUUAUAGUUUUUGAAAGGAAGAAGAUAUUUAAGCAGGAGUUUCACGAAUUAUUUUUUAUACUUCUUAAGAAAACAAGUUGGGAUAUUUAAAAUCUAUCAUAUUAUAGAUAUUACAUAAUUAAUAUCUCAAAAAAUCAAGAGUGACGACAGAAACGAAGGAAAGACGGACUGCAUUUUACAUUAUGCAAUAAACGAUGAUUGUCGGCGUAUUACUGUCAUGUGCUAUAUUCGCAUUUUUCUAUUAUUAUGUUAUCCAUCUUGCACGGUUUAGGCGACUUAUCAAUCUCAUUCCGGGACCACGAAUGGUUCCAAUUUUCGGUGAUAUUUUCAAAGCACUACCUUAUCCUUCACAAGAAGUUAUCUGGGACAUUUUCGUGUCACGCUCUAAACGGUAUCCUUCAAUUUAUUAAGACGAUACUGAACAGUACGAAAUAUAAUACGAAAGGUAUCCUGUACAAAUUUCUUCGUCCAUGGUUAAGAGACGGUCUUCUUAUCAGUAAAGGAGGAAAAUGGCAAGAAAGGCGAAAGAUACUAACGCCUACGUUCCAUUUUAAUAUAUUAAAACAAUUUGUUGAUAUUAUGGUCGAGGAAAGCAAUCAUAUGACAAAAUCGUUGAAAGAUAUGGAAGAUUCGACUGUUCAAGAUUUACAGUCUUUUUUUAGCUAUCAUACUUUGAAUAUAAUAUGUGAAACUUCCAUGGGUACUUCCUUGCAAAACAUAGACGUGGCAGAACAAGAGCGCUACCGCAACGCGAUCCAUGUUUUAACUGAAAUAUUAUUUCAUAAAAUUGUACGUCUGUGGUAUCACAGUGAAAUAGUAUUCUGGUUCUCGUCAAAAUAUAAAGAACAAGUUAAAUGUUUGAAAAUACUACACAGUUUUACGGAAAAAAUUAUUGCGGAAAGGAAACGAUAUCACGAAUCAACUGGUGGACGAUAUCUAAAUUUUGAAAAUACGGCAGAAGAUAAUGAUAUGAUAGGAAGACGAAAGAAACGGCUUGCCAUGAUGGAUCUCAUGAUAGCAGCGUCCAAUAAUAACCAAAUGAGCGAUUCGGACAUCAGAGAAGAAGUUGACACCUUCGUGUUUGAAGGUCAUGAUACCGUAGCAAUGGCAUUGACUUUCGCUGUAUUACUGUUAGCCGAACAUAAGGACAUACAGGAUCGUGUCAGAAAUGAAGUCAAUGCUGUAAUGGAAGAAAACGGAGGAAAACUGACUAUGACAGCGUUACAGAAUCUGCCAUACCUAGAGAGAUGUUUGAAGGAAACGAUGAGAUUGUAUCCUAGUGUUUAUUUUAUAGUACGAAAGUUAGAGGAAGAUGUAAUGUUACAAUCAUAUCUAGUACCUGCUGGAACAGAGGUGACUAUUGAUAUUAUACAUCUUCACCAACAUCCUGGUUUCUGGCCAAAUCCGGAGGUGUUCGAUCCAGAUAGAUUUUUGCCAGAAUUGGCGCAAAAUCGUCAUCCUUUCGCUUAUAUACCAUUUAGCGCUGGUUCGCGGAAUUGCAUAGGUCAACGAUUCGCCAUGAUGGAGCUGAAAACCGUAAUUGGUACCUUGGUGCACAACUUUUAUUUGGAACCCAUCGAUCGCUUGAAAGACAUUCGAUUUUUCAUGGAUUUAAUUAUUCGGCCUAAACACCCGGUGCGCGAUAUGUGGGACCUUUUCGUGUUACGCUCUAAACUGUAUCGCCCAUUGUAUAAAGUUUGGUACUUGACAAUCGCUUACGUCGUCCUUCUGACUCCAGACGACAUGCAGUUGGUUUUGAACACCACAAAAUAUAAUGCAAAAGGCAUCCUUUAUAAUCUUUUUCAUCCAUGGAUGGGUGACGGUCUCCUCGUUAGUAAAGGUCGAAAGAAGCGCCUUGCUAUGUUGGAUCUCAUGAUAGCAGCAUCCAAUAAUAACCAAAUGAGCGAUUCGGACAUCAGAGAAGAAGUAGACACCUUCAUGUUUGAAGGUCACGAUACCGUAUCAAUGGCUAUCACCUUCGCUAUAUUACUGUUAGCCGAACAUAAGGAUGUGCAGGAUCGUGUCAGAAAGGAAGUCACAGCUGUAAUGAAAGAAAAUGGAGGAAAACUUACUAUGACAGCGUUACAGAAUCUGCCAUAUCUCGAGAGAUGUUUGAAGGAAACAUUGAGAUUGUAUCCUAGUGUUUAUUCUAUAAUACGAAAGUUAGAGGAAGACGUAAAGAUACGAUCGUAUAUCGUUCCUGCUGGAGCGGAACUAUUUCUUGACAUUGUACAUCUCCACCGAAAUCCUGAUGUUUGGCCAAAUCCAGAUAAAUUCGAUCCAGACAGAUUUUUGCCAGAUCUGGUGCAAAAUCGUCAUCCUUUCGCUUACAUACCGUUUAGCGCUGGUUCGCGGAAUUGCAUAGGUCAACGAUUCGCUAUGAUGGAAUUGAAAACUGUAAUUGGUACCCUGGUGCACAACUUUUACUUGGAACCCAUUGAUUACUUAAAAGAUAUUCGAUGUUUAGCCGAUAUUAUUAUUCGAAUUAAAGAACCAGUGCGUGUAAAAAUCAUUCCAAUCUAAGAUGUUCAACUAUUAGAAGGAAAUACGAAUGAUGUCGAUAUGAAAACCUGGUGCAUGAAGAGAAAUGAAGAAUUAAUUAUGUAAGCGUUAUUGCUUGAGCAAUACCAUGCACAAAAUGUAUAUUGCGUACUUAAAUAUUUAAUUGAGAAUAUAUAGGAUACUCUUAUCAUUUUAGCAAAAUCAUUUUCUUUACUUUAACUUUGUAGGAGGUAUUUCCUCGAAUCGUGUAGCUCAGAUAAUGCUUCUAGAAAGAAUAAACAUCAUUUAUAUAAUCUGAGACAUUAUUAAGUUUUUGGAGUAUCGGUCUAUAAUCUAUGAUCGACAUUUUUUUAUUAUUACAUACUUAAGAAUAAAAUUACAUUUGUGUUUGUCAUUGUGGUAAAUGAUUUACAUUUACCACAAUCUCUCUUUCUCUCGCUAUUGCGAAUCACGUUUAAGCAAUGCAUAAUUCUAUCGGAUUAAAUAUUUCGAUUGUUUUUAAAACACGUAAUCACUUCUGAAAAAGUGAUUAUCCUAUGCAGUGUGUCUCGAAAAAAAGCCAAAGAAAUCAAUAAAUAUUUCCUGAAGACAAACAAAAAAAAUCUUUCUUGAAGCAGAUAUCCAAUCCAUUGCAGUAACAGAGUUAUAUACAUAAUUAUGUACCUAUGGAAUUAUAUAGUAGAUAUGUACUUACAAGGAAAAUUAAAGGAAUCUUACUUAUCUCUUAA